UCAAUUAUCGCGAGAUGACGUUGUCCUCGCAUGCAAUGCAGUCCAGUGGCAGGGGCCUAGUGGAAUGUGAAACUACAAGUUGUAUUGCCUCCUCUAAUUUUUGACAACACCCGCUGCUCUUUUUUCGAGACAGCAGAACUAAACACGGAACUCUGCCAUGUUUCGACACAAUAGGGAAGCUCUUUCAAAAUGCCUCCUUAGGGGAUGAGAGGACAUCGGCCAUUUGAAUAUCUGCGGCUGUGCGAUCGUUGACUCGGUGGCUUGGCGGGUGUGUUGGUCAUGAUGGCGCAGGGGGGCUCUCAGCUUGAUUAUCACAUCCUGCAGGACCUCAAGCAGCGCUUCCCCGAGAUCCCAGAAGGAGUGGUGUCGCAGUGUCUUUUGCAGAACAAUAACAACCUUGAUCUCUGCUGCCACCUUCUGGCUCAGGAGAGUAAUCGAUAUCUCUACGGAGAGUUCCAUCAUAGUCCAGAGGAGGGGCGCCUGGGUCGAAAUCACAUGCUGCACAUAAGUCUGGGCUACCCGGGCUCGGAAGCAAGCAAGCCGAAUGGAGGAGCCGCCGGAGCCGGGCGUGCCCUCGUUCACAGCACAAGUGACAGUCACAUUGACCCCCAGAGACCCAGUUAUCCUGAGCCGCUGUCGGCCCCCGCCACAAUGGCCCCCUCCCCGGGUUACAAUUCUUUUUUCAUCAACGAUCACAGCCGUUCAGCCAGCACUCCAACUCCUCCACCGACAAUUCAGGGUAUGUCCCCGACUUUCUCCCCCAUCUUGCGGUAUACAAUGAACCCUAUCACAGUCACGCUAUCGCAAAAUAUACCCAAUGCCCCGCAGGCUCUGCAGAUAACCCCUGGGCACUAUGCUAACAGCAGCAACACCACCCUUUAUAUUCGACCCUCACCCUCCCAGAGCCCACAGCCGUCACCGUGGUCCUCCUCAGGCACCUCCGUUUAUCACCAUCAGCAGUCUCCAUAUAGCACCCCCACUUAUGGCUCACCUUACAGCUCCCCCCAGCAUCAGCCCCAACCUCAGCAGACAUCCCAGCACCAGCAAUAUGUCUUCCAUCCCAUUACUUCUCCAACCCUUCCCAGCAUGCCCUACCAUCAGCAGCCACAACCGCAGCAGCAAACUCCCGUUUACAGGCCCUAUCACCCAAAAAGCUCCCUUAAAAACCAGAUAGAGAUUACUCUGGAAGGGCCACGGCCUCGCAGCAACUCCCCUGUACACACCCCCCACCCCCAGGGAGCACUUUAUAUGGCCACCAGUACAUCACCUGGCUCCCCUUCGAGGGGCGUCUCAAUGGCCGUUCCUACAGCAGCCGCACCUUUCCACCCUGGAAUAUACCUGCCGCAUCAUGGCCCCGUAAGGCCCCGGCCCACCACCUCACCUCAGCCAGGCCAGUCGGCCUACACCUUCAAAAUCAAAGUGUCUCCCGGAGGGCAGGCCCAGAGACCACCCAGCUCGCCUCCCGUGGCAGAGGCGGAAUCGUUGCUCAACAUCGUUGACCUCGGGGCCAGCAGCGCCGCCCCUCCGCCGAUUCUCCCCAUCUCGGCUCUACCAGGGAACAUCGCCAGUCAGUUGCAACAGAUGCCCCGGUGUUCAAGCUCAGGCUCUGAUGACUAUGCCUACACUCAAGCUCUCCUGCUCCACCAGCGAGCCAGGAUGGAGUGCCUUCUGAAGGAGCUGCUGCUCGAGCGGCAGAAACUGGAGCAGCUCAAGUCGGAUGUCAACAACAUGGAAUACGACGCUCUACAGAGACGCUUCCGAAGAGUCAGCUCGACCAGCUUUAUUCCCAGACCUGAGGAGAUGACUCGAUUGCGGAGUCUAAACAGACAGCUUCAGAUUGAUAUCGACUGCACCCUGAAGGAGACAGAUUUGCUGCAGUCAAGAGGGAAGUUUGAUCCACAAGCAAUGAACAACUUCUAUGACAACAUUCAGCCUGGCCCAGUGGUGCCACCCAAGCCAGGAAGGAAAGAAGGGGACCAUUGCCCGAAGCCAGUGCAGGGGCCACAGAGGGACGAGGACUUUGAAGGUGCUCAGUGGAGCUGUGACAGCUGCACCUUCCUCAACCACCCUGCUCUAAACCGCUGUGAACAAUGCGAGAUGCCGCGCUACACCUGAUCUUAACAUCGCACUCUCAUACUCCGGUCCCGCCCCUUCCCAUCACACCCACCGUCAAUCCUUGCUCCACACCUCCAGAAUCUGUGGAGGUGGAGGGGGUUGUUGUUCUUGUUUGUUAUUUUGCCCCCGCCCAGAAGAUCUCGCAUCAAUCAUGUAUUUAAGACCCAUUUACCUGCUGAGGAAGAGCCACCAGACCUGCCCGCACACUUGUCCUGCUUUUAUCUUCUACUCCUGUGCACUUUGAUUUUAAAAAACUAUUUUUCGGGGGGGUGGCGACUCCAAUAGCGACUAAAAUGAGAGGACAUACUAGCUCAGACUGCGACAGUGGCUGUCACUUCGCACGAGAAAGGUCAAAGCAAAUCAGGAGUGACAAGAGGUUGUGGUUUACCUGCAAACAUUCCACACCAAAAGACUGACUGUCCUGUUUACACAACCGGAUCCAUUCCUGAACUCUUAAGAUGCUCUUAAAUCCAGGAAUUGUGUCGAUUUCUCUCUUGCUGACAAUGGAAUAAUGAAAGCAAUGUUAUAAAAGGUCUGACUAAUGCAAAAUGUAGACAUUACACUGUAUUUGGCUCUGUGUUAGAGCUGAAAAAAAGAACACUAAAAAUACAUGCAUAUAAGUAUACUCGUGGUACUUUUAUGCAUAUUAUGUCACCCUGUAUACGUGAUAAAAAGAUGUCGAUUUCCUGUGCGAAUGCCUCAACUUGCUGUACUUAAUAAAGGAGCGGAUGCUUUGUGACCUGACCGUGA